UAAGCUAUAAAAGCUAUAAAAGCAAAAAUAUAUUUUGGUGAGAGAAGAAAUAUUUUUGAAAGGCUAUUGAUAGGUAAAACAUAAAGGAUUGAUUAUAUUUUUCCUGAAAAGAUGUCGGAAGAAGCCUCAAAAUCAUCAUUUGACUGUGACAUCUGUGGUAAAUCUUUCUCUGUUGGCAGUAGAUUAACUAACCACAAACGUAUUCAUACAGGGGAGAAACCAUAUCAAUGUGAUAUCUGUGGUAAAUCAUUCAUUGAGGGCAGUAACUUAACUAAACACAAACGUAUUCAUACAGGGGAGAAACCAUAUCACUGUGAUAUCUGUUGCAAAUCAUUCAGUCAGACAGGUAACUUAACUACCCACAAACGUAUUCAUACAGGGGAGAAACCAUAUCACUGUGAUAUCUGUGGUAAAUCAUUCUCUCGUGCUCAUAGCUUAACUACACACAAACGUAUUCAUACAGGGGACAAACUAUAUCACUGUGAUAUCUGUGGUAAAUCAUUGUCUCAUGCUCAUAGCUUAGCUAUUCACAAGCGUAUUCAUACAGGGGAGAAGCCUUAUCAUUGUGAUAUCUGUGGUAAAUCAUACUCUGAUGGCAGUACCUUAACUAAACACAAACAUAUUCACACAGGGGAGAAACCAUAUCACUGUGAUAUCUGUGGUAAGUCAUUCUCUCAUGCUCAUAGCUUAGCUAUUCACAAACAAAUCCAUACAGGGGACAAAGAAUACCACUGUGAUAUCUGUGGUAAAUCAUUCUCCAAGGGCAGUAGAUUAACUACGCACAAACGUAUUCAUACAGGUGAGAAACCCUAUCACUGUGAUAUCUGUGGAAGAUCAUUCUCUAAAAGUAGUAACUUGACAGACCACAAACGUAUUCAUACAGGGGAGAAACCAUAUCACUGUGAUAUCUGUGGUAAAUCAUUCUCUGUUGGCAGUAGCUUAACUCAACACACACGUAUUCAUACUGGUGAGAAACCAUAUCACUGUGAUAUCUGUGGUAAAUCAUUCCCUGUUGACAGUAGCUUAACUAAACACACACGUAUUCAUACAGGGGAUAAACCAUAUUCCUGUGAUAUCUGUGGUGAAUCAUUCGCUCAAAACACUGCUCUAACUACACACAAACGGGUUCAUACAGGGGAAAAACCUUUUCACUGUGAUAUCUGUGGUAAAUCAUUCUCUCAACACAGUAGCUUAACUACUCAUAAACGUAUUCAUACAGGAGAGAAACCAUAUUCCUGUGAUAUCUGUGGUAUAUCAUUCUCUCAAAGCGGUAGCUUAACUACUCACAAAUGGGUUCAUACAGGAGAGAAACCAUAUCACUGUGAUAUCUGUGGUAAAUCAUUCUCUCUUAGCAGUAGCUUAACUAACCACAAACGUAUUCAUACAGGAGAGAAACCAUAUCACUGUGAUAUCUGUGGUAAAUCAUUCUCUCAUAGCGGUAGCUUAACUCAACACACACGUAUCCAUACAGGAGAGAAACCAUAUCACUGUGAUAUCUGUGGUAAAUCAUUCUCUGUUGGCAGUAACUUAACUAAACACAAGCGUAUUCACACAGGGGAGAAAACAUAUACCUGUGAUAUCUGUGGAAGAUCAUUCUCUGAAAGCAGCAGCUUAACUAAACACAAGCGUAUUCAUACAGGGGCGGAACGAUAACCUUGUAAUAUCCGUGGUAAAUCAUUCUCUCAGAACAGUAGCUUAACUCAACACAAACGUAUUCAUACAGGGUAGAAACCAUACCCCUGUGAUAGCUAUGGUAAGACCUUAUCUGGAAACAGUCACUUAACUAUACACAAAUGCAUUCACACCCAAGAAAAAUCAAUUCACAGUGAUAUCUGUGGCAAAUCAUUUCAACAAAAUCAUUUCUGAUUUAAACAGAAGUCUUUCCUUAUGAAGUGGGUCCAUAACACAGUGAUAUUUGUUGUAUAACGUUUCCUCAGAAGGACAAAGACGUAUCUCAUAAAGACAUCCACAGAAUAUAGAAACUAUAUGAAUGUGACAUCUAUGGUAAAUCUUUGACAUGAAAUCAUCCAUUAUUGAAUCAAAAGAGCAUUGACUGAGGAAGGAAAACAUAUCACUAUGAUGUUAAACCUGAAUCAUUCUUUCAAAAUGGUGAAUUAAUUAUACACAGUCCUGUUAAUAUGAAGAAUAGCCAUACCCUAAGAUAUCUGUUAAUGAUCAAUUAUAACAUAAAUGAAUUCAAAUAGAAGCGGAACCAUAUCACUACGAUGAUGAUGAUCAUCAUCAUUUAACAUUCACUUUUACAUUCUUCUAUGGAUCGGAUUGAAUUCAUUGAUACCCUCCCUGUUUCCAAGCAAGGAAAUAUUUUCCCUGGUGAGACAUAUUUUACACAGAAGACUGGAAAUGAACAACUACAGAAGUAUGACGGUCAUGAUGGCCAUUUAUGAACACCACAUAAUAUCUGGACAAGGGUGCACACACACACACUUAUGUAUGUCUGAAGAUUUUCUUAUAGGAAAUAUCUUAUAUGUUUUCUACACAUCUAAUAGUUUGUAAUUCCUAUUAGGAAAUGAAACACAUGUAAUGCUGAAUAAAUAAUAUCAAACUUUU